GCCCAUCUAUGUCGCCUGGUGACAAUGGCCGAAAUCGAUUCCCUGCUUCAGACAGUCAUGUUCACCAUCUACGGCAACCAAUAUGAAAGUCGAGAGGAGCACCUGCUACUAACUAUGUUCCAAUCCGUUCUAACUUACCAAUUCGAUAAUACCCCAGAAUACUCUUCCCUUUUGCGCCAAAAUACUCCCGUUUCCCGCAUGAUGACUACUUACACCAGGCGAGGCCCGGGGCAGGCUUAUUUGAAGCAGGUCUUGGCUGACCAGAUCAAUUCCCUCAUCGAGCUAAAUGAUGUCGAUUUGGAAAUCAAUCCGUUAAAAGUAUAUGAGGCUAUGGUGCAGCAAAUCGAAGCCUCCACUGGAUCUCUCCCGCCUUAUUUGCCGAAAUCGGUCACGGCAGAGGUAGCUGCGGAAAAUGAACAAGUUCAACAGAUCAUUGCGCCACGGCUGAAGACGCUGACAGACAUUGCGAAUGCAUUCCUAGAAACAAUCAUCGACGGCCUUGAGGAAACUCCCUAUGGCAUUCGAUGGAUCUGCAAACAGAUCCGAAGUCUCUCAAGGCGAAAAUACCCUGAUGCUCAGGACCAGACCAUUUGUACGCUUAUUGGCGGGUUUUUCUUUUUGCGAUUCAUCAAUCCUGCCAUCGUUACCCCUCGAUCCUACAUGCUCAUUGAGGCAACUCCAUCCGACAAACCCCGCCGCACCCUUACCCUGGUCGCGAAGAUGCUGCAAAACCUUGCGAACAAGCCAUCGUAUGCCAAGGAGCCUUAUAUGUCCAAGCUCCAGCCAUUCGUCCAUGAUAAUAAGGAGCGUGUGAACAAGUUCCUCCUGGACCUUUGCGAAGUUCAAGACUUCUACGAGAGUUUGGAAAUGGAUAACUAUGUUGCGUUAUCGAAACGAGAUUUAGAGCUCCAGAUUACGCUGAACGAAGUCUACGCUACACAUGCACUUCUCGACAAGCAUUGUUCCGCUCUGGCUGUGCAGGACCAGCAUUCCCACCUCGGCCAUUUGCUGCAGGAACUUGGCCCUGCCCCACCGCAGCUACCCCGCAAGGAAAACCGAACAAUCAAUCUCCCCCUAUUUAGCAAAUGGGAGACCGCCAUUGAUGACUUGACCUCCGCGCUCGACAUUACUCAAGAGGAAGUUUAUUUCAUGGAAGCUAAGUCCACCUUUGUCCAGAUCAUGCGCUCUCUGCCACAUAACACAUCCGUAACGCGACGACCUCUCCGACUCGACCGGAUAGCUGAGGCAGCCGCCACGCUGAAGAACGAUGCCGUCAUGGUUAGGAAGGGAAUACGCACCAUGGAGCUAUUAAGCCAGCUGCAGGAGCUGGGAGUCAUCGAUCGGUCGGACGAUUUCAGCCUGCUGCGCGAUGAGGUGGAACAGGAGCUUGUGCAUCUGGGUUCCCUGAAAGAGAAAGUCAUUGAAGAAACUCGAAAACUGGAUGAAGUAUUCCGCACCAUUCGCGACCAUAAUGCCUACCUCGUCGGCCAACUAGAGACAUACAAGUCAUACCUACAUAACGUGCGCAGCCAGUCCGAGGGCAAGCAGCGGAAACAGCAGAAACACCAGGAACUGGGUCCGUAUAAGUUUACCCAUCAACAGCUGGAGAAGGAAGGGGUGAUUCGCAAGAGUAACGUUCCAGAAAAUCGGCGGGCGAAUAUUUACUUUAUGUUUAAGAGUCCAUUGCCGGGGACGUUUGUGAUUAGUUUGCAUUAUAAAGGUCGUGCGCGAGGUCUUCUAGAACUAGAUCUGAAACUCGACGAUCUUCUGGAAAUGCAGAAGGAUAACCAGGAAGACCUCGAUCUGGAAUACGUCCAGUUCAACGUUUCCAGGGUGCUUUCGUUGCUGAACAAACGGUUUGCGCGGAAGAAGGGGUGGUAAGACGACAGAAGACAGAAGGA